AUGUCUCGCUGGUCUGCGUUGGCUUUAUCAACAUGGCUGUGCCUGGUCCUGAGCCAGACUGUGAUGGGCGACUUGAACACUCAGGUGCACCGCAAUCUGCGGCAUGGCAACCACAGUGCGUUGAGUCCGAAUCGCAGUUCGUCUCAGGAAGGCUCAGGUGGCUUGAAAGUCGCACCUAGGGCGAAUGAGACUGGCAGGCAAACGCCUCGCUCGCCACGAAAUCAGAAUUCCAUCAAGUUCUGGAGGCUGCGCCUGCGUUGCUGCUCCCGAAUGUCUCAGGCCAGGACGCCCCCCACAGUGCGGAAGCCGGGGCAAGUCCGAGCAAUGCGACUGCCUUCCGCCCGUCAUUCAAGUCCGCAGCUGGUUGGGUCGGCUGCUGGUACUACGGCUGCCACGGCAGCUAUCAUCCCGAGUUCCACUGCCAGUGCAACCAAGGCUGCGUUCGGUUCAGGAACUGCUGCUAUGACUAUGGCAGGAAGUGCUGGCAUGCACCGGACAGCCGUCGUCGCCGGAGUGGGCGUCGACGUAAUCCUCCACCCCCGCCGCAAGCACCAGACAGCCGCCGUCGGCGAGGGAGCCCAGCCCAAGGCAAGAUUGUGA